AUGGGCAACAUGGCAACAGAGAUUGUUGCAUUUAUUCUGACCAUCUCGGGGUGGAUCCUGGUGUCGUCCACUCUGCCCACAGACUACUGGAAGGUGUCCUCUGUGGACGGGACGGUCAUCACCACAGCUACCUUCUGGUCCAACCUUUGGAAAACUUGUGUGACUGAUUCGACCGGUGUGUCCAACUGCAAGGACUUUCCUUCGAUGCUGGCUCUGGACGCCUAUAUCCAGGUGUGUCGGGGUCUGAUGAUCGCCGCCGUGUGUCUGGGGUUCUUCGGUGCCGUCUUGGCCUUGGUGGGAAUGAAGUGCACCAAAAUAGGAGGCUCGGAGACCACCAAGGCUCGACUGACCGUCCUCUCGGGCUCCCACUUCGUCCUCAGCGGCCUCUGCUGCAUGACUGCAUGCUCCAUAUAUGCUCACAGGAUCACAACUGACUUCUUUGACCCCCUUUUUGUUGCCCAGAAGUUUGAGCUGGGGGCCGCUCUCUUCGUCGGCUGGGCUGGAUCUGUGCUGUGCAUUCUGGGAGGACUUGUCUUCUGUCUCUCCAUGUCUGAAGGCUUCAGUCUCAGAGCUGAAUACUCCUACUCCGGGGCGACGACUUUUGUGACGGCGCGCAAAAAGCACAGCAAAACUAUCAGCGGCCUCCAGAAGGAAGCCGGAGAGCCGCCGAGGCAGUUUGGGAGAAAUGCCUAUGUGUGACAUCGGACUCGAUCUCGAGUUUUUUUGUUUGUGGAAUUUAUCCCAGAAGCUAUUUUCAUCGGUAAAAGCAAAGGACCGCAUUCACUUUGAUGGACUUCUGUGCCUCAACACCAUAAAAAUAACAGCUGGAAAGUGUAACACGUGUCAGUUUACACAAU